ACACCCAUUUCCUCUCUAAUGAUACGAAUUUAUAUAAUCGAAGUGCUUUUCUCAUGUUCAUGUUAUAAAAAGUGACUCAUAAUUUAAUUAAAAAUGGCUACAAAUCCCACAAACUCUUAAAUACCUUUGAAAAAAUUGUAUUAUAAAGAGAGAAGAAAAUAUAUCAUCUUUUACAAUAGUUAUAAAAUGGCCAAGUCGGACAAUUUUAAAGAUCAUGUUAAGAUAGCUGAAGAAAAUAUUGUUUGUGGUGAUGCUUUGAAAGAAUACCUUGAACCUAGAUUCGAGUGUCCUAUUUGUUUAACUUGGCUGCGUGAUCCAGUUUUAACAUCUUGUGGUCAUAAAUUUUGUUCGCAAUGUAUAUACACUUGGCUUCAAAAAGAAGGUGCUUGUUGUCCAGUUGAUAGCAAAAGUUUAAAAUCUGAAAAUGAUUUAUUCAGAGAUUUAUAUACAAGCAGAGAGAUAUCACAACAACGUAUACCUUGUAUCUAUCAACAAUUUGGCUGUGAGAUUAAAAUGUCCCCAAUGGAUAUGGAAGCACAUAUAAAUGGAUGCUCAUAUAAAAGAAGUCUGGCAGAUUCACAAACUGUCUGUUGUUCCUUUAAGAAUGUUGGUUGCAUGAAAACUUUUCAUACUGAAGAGGAUUUACAUGCACAUUUAGAAGGAAAUAUAAAUAUCCAUUUAAUUAUGAUCCUGAACAUAUUAACACAACUAUCUGUUUCAAAAAAUAACAUUAAUGCUAUAGCUGCAGAAUCUAAAUUAUGGGAUCCUCCACCAAAAAAUACAACUUCUAUAGAAAAAAAUGAACCACCAUUAGAAUGGCAACACUUAUUAAAGAAUUUAUAUGAAAGGAUAGUGGUGCUGGAACAAGAAAACAAGGAACUAUCUAUAACCAUUUCUAAUUACAAAACUCAACUCACAACUUUGCAAACUUCUUUACGAUUUAGCCAGGAAGAAAUAUCUUUACGUAGUUGUAAUGGAGUUUAUAUUUGGAGAUUACAUUGUUUUCAUGAGAAACUUGAGACCAUGAUGAAUGAUUCAUUAAAAAUGUUUUAUAGUCCUGGCUUUUAUACGAGUCCUAAUGGUUACAAGAUUUGUGCUAGAAUUAACAUAUCUUCUAAAGAUCCUGAAUCUCUGUCACUCCUUCUGCAUAUAAUGAAGUCAGAAAAUGAUGAUGGUCUAGAUUGGCCAUUCAAUGGAACAAUGUACUUUGUUUUGGUUCACCCAGAUAAUCGGGAGAAAGAUAUCCGAGAAAUAACUUCAUCAAGACCAGAUCUUGAAGCAUUUAGAAAACCAAUAUGUGAACUCAAUAAGCGUAGUUUUGGUUAUACAGAAUUUGUGCGAAUACGAGAUUUACCUGAUUUUUUGGAAAAUGAUUGUUUAAUUUUCAGGAUAGAAGUUCAUGUUUAUGAUAAAUUUAAAAUAUCAAUAUAAUUAAAAAAUGUUCGUGACAUUGGUUUUUUUUCUUGUCUAAAAUUAGAGCCGUUUUUAAGAAAUUUACUAGAAAUUUCCAUCCUUAUGUUAAUAUAGCAAGUAAAAAUUCAUAAGAAACAUUUGAGCAUAUGAAAUGUCUAAUUUACAUAACAAUAUGUUAAGUAUUAUAAUGAUAUUCAUAUUAUGUAUUGUAAUACAUUUUAUAAAAUUAUACAAUCAUUCAGAUAACAAUUCUUUAAAACUUUGAUUUGGCACAAAUACGUAUCAUUUAACCCGGAACUUGAAUAAUAUAACACAUUCAGGUACAUUUUUAUAGAACCAGCAAUUCCACUCAUUGAAUGAAUUAUGACUCAUUGUCAAAUAGAAGACAAAAUGGCAAAGUAACUCAGAGUGUAAAUUACGUUAAAAACGCUUAAUUUUAGAUGCGAGUAACUCUUGAACCGCUACAUUCCUGAAGUUAAAGGUCGAAAACUAAUAAAUGACACAAAAAAAGACUAUAAUUUUGUGUUUCCUAAAGUAAAGUUUAAAUUCGAAACGCAUCCAUUCGAAAUCAUAUAAAUUUGCAUUUUUAUCGAAAAGUACGCACUUGAUUCGAUUGAAUAUCUUAAAGUUGUACUGAAAAGAAACGUAUUUAUUUUAAUGUAAAAAUCUGUUGCCUUUUUAUGCAUAUGAAAUAUUAUGCGUGUUUUGUAAGGAACUGUAAUCCGUCCUGUAAUGUGAUCAAAAUUAAUUCUAUUUGUCUAUAAAUAUUUAAUCGAAAUAAAACUUUUAAUCCACAUA